UGCGGUUCACUUAACACCGGCGACGCGGAGGAAUUUAGUCAGAAGGAAAAAAAAAACAAGGAAGUUAACUUGAAGAAGGAAACGUAGUUAGAACUUGAACGUAUUAAACUUUUACAUUUUAAACCAGGUUUUUAAGAAGGUCUUAAGUGAACGCAACAGGGUUAAAUUAAAAGUUGGACCACCAGUUUACGAGCAAGAGGACUUUUGCUUCUAACAAGAUGGACUAUGAUCCGGAGCGCGGAGGAAUCGAGGACGCACCAGAGCCCAAGGACAAGGUCCAGAACCUGAGGGAUCAGGUGGAUGGAGUGAAGAACAUCAUGACGCAGAAUGUGGACCGGAUCCUGGCGCGAGGAGAGAGACUGGACGACCUCAUGGGCAAGUCGGAGGAUCUUCAAGCAGGGGCUCAGAACUUCAAGCAGACUUCUCACAAAGUGGCCCGGUCCUACUGGUGGAAGAACGUCAAGCUGAUCGUCGUCAUCGUGGUGGUGGUGCUCAUCAUCAUCCUCAUCAUCAUCCUGCUGGCCACCGGCGUCAUUCCCGUCAGUGCGCCUGUGGGUCCUGUAGUAAAUCCCACCAAGAAACCGUGAAGGCACACAACACGUCCAACGAGACACAACGAAGUCGUAAACACAGAAUACCAAGUAAUAUAUUGACCCUAGAACAUGACUUAUUACUACUUCUGGUAAAUAUUUAAGGCUUCUUUGUUUCUUCAGGUUACUUUCAUGCUUUUGUUACAGGCACUUUUAAUGAUAAACUCUUUGAAACAGCUUAAAUAAAACCAGAUAAGUGAGUUAUCUUUCCUUUUCUAGCUUUUUUAAAUGCUUUUUUUUUUCUUUUUUCUUUUUACUGGAAGCACCUCAGUCUUCUCCAUCUGUAGCCAGUUAACAGUUAAUUUGAAUGAUUGUAGGUUUUUAUUUUCCAUAGCUCAUCGUUUAUGUUGACUUUUCCAAAGAUAUGCUUAUGAACCGGAGAAACUUGGCCAACGUGUUACGAGACGCACAUUAGAUCUUCAAUGUUACCACUAACUUCAGUAAAGGAGAAUCUACUUUUUUACACUCGUGCAAAAGAAAAUCUGUACAACUAAAACCAACGACUGAUGUUAGUACAAUGAAUGUCUUUUUUUUUUUUUACAUUCAAGCAUCUGUUACAGAAUAGAGGCCUGACGUGUUGAGAACAAGUGGGACGCACCACCAGGCCCUUCCAGUCUGUCAGCUGGGACAGACCGUUUCCUGCCCGUUUAUUUCUAUAACAUUUAGGCCCACCUCUAUCUGCUGCCCCACCACCUGGCUAGCUUCAAAGAGGUCUAAAUUAAUCAAAUUAUCAACUGUAUAUAGUUCUCACCAAUGUGUAUAUUUACUGUUAACAAGUGUCUUUGCAGAAAGUGUCUAAUCAUUAGAACCAAAUUAUUUAAUUCUUUAUUUUAUUCAAUGAAAUCAAGAAUGAUUCCUAGAUAUUUCUGUGAAAAUAAACUAUACUGAUUUUUGAUUAAAUG